ACACCUUUCAAACAUGUUGUACAAGUCUUUUAAGCACAACUAACACAAUUAUAUCCUCACUUUCCAAUAAUACCCUUAUGAAAACAAACAAAUCCUGAUCCUACCAUCCAUCUUCACAUGAAUCAUGAUCCUACCGUCCAUUACUCUUCACACGGAUCAUGAUCCCUUACUCGCAGAUCUCAUUUUCAAAAGCUUCCAAAACAUUUCCCCCAGAUUGUCAAAUUCCUCUCUCUGCAUUUUCAAAUUUUGAAUUCCCAAAUGAAAAGAGAAGAGAGGGAGACAAAGAGAGAACGAGAAAUAGAGAGAGAGGCGAUGGAGAAGGAGAGCCGGGUUUAUGUCACCGAAGCAGAACAGAUGACGGCUUAGGGUUUCACGUCUAAUCCCGAUGACGGCGGUUAAGGUUGCUUCUCCGGUAGCGACCUAAGGAGGCUGAGGUGAUGAGCUGAAGUGCGGAUGAACGACUGUUAUGGUUCACUAGGGUCAAUUGCCGCACCCCAUGUGACAGAUAGUACAGAUCUCUUGUCGGAGGAGGUUAUGGCGAUCUACCUACCAUGGAUGUUGUUGUGACUCUGGACCAAGUUCCUCGAUGGAGUCAUGUAGAUUUAAGAUGUUCAUAUGAAUCCGAAGAAGACUGAAGAUUACACUUUCCGGACCCGUUAACUGUAUAUUUUGAGACUGAGAGCAGUGGAAUGGUAUGGUUUCUAGAUUUCCAGUUGAUGUUGAAAUAAACUCCAAGAUUUUUUUGUGGAGAGGUAACCCCUGGAAUCUGGAAGUUGAUGCUGUUGUCAACUCUACAAAUGAGUCUUAUUACAGAACAUGGAUAAAGCACACUGCAGCCCUGGUUUGCAUGAUGCAGCUGUGCCUGGUCUUGCUGAAGAAUGCGCGAAGAUGUUAACAACUUGGAGACUUCCAUUGCAAGAAGCACAUUAUACCAGAGCCUACCUCCUGAUAUAGAAUUAUAUUAUCGGUCCAGACUAGCUUUAUUUCAUGUAGAUAAAGAGCUCGAUGUUCCUGCUAUUAAAGCCAAAAUUGAAAGAAGCGCUAUGUUGGUUUUCCCAAUAGCCGUAACCACAGCAAAGGCUCAUCAUGGAUUUGGUUGGGUUGGCGAGUGGCGGACACCAGGUGAGUCACAAAUUUUUCAGUAUCUCUUUACCACUGGAAAUUAUACGGCUUGGGUAACAGGUCAAGUCAAAAUCUGAAACUAUGAUAAGCGUAUCAAACUGGACAACAUAGAUUCUGUUAAUCUGUUAGAUAUACAGACAAAAGGGCCAACAUAAGCUUAUAUCGUUGAACUAUUGUUGUUUGACAAAUAAAAUGAAGAUUGAUGCAGAGCUUGAGAAAAUUCGCUAAUCAGCUUGAGGUGUGGAAAUUGAACCUGUGUGUUGAUUGUUGACAAGAGGUUCUUGAAUGUGAAUGUGAAACUGCUUUUUUUUUUUUGUGGUGUAUAACUAAAAAGUAAAAAAAAAUAUUUGUAAUGGUUAUACAAUAUUCAUCUGUUGUAAACUCUGGAUGCUUUAAUCUGUAUGUAUGAAUAAACACAAGGGUUUGUAUUAUGAUAAGAUAAACAUCAAUAAUUAAUGUGACAAUCAAACAAUUCAUACAAGCCCUAU